AUGCCGCGAGGACGCCCCCGAACGCGCAUUUACCCGGAUCGCAGCCAGCAUGAGUCGAUGGACUCGAAUGUGGGGCGCACCAGCAGCUUCCACCCGGCAGAAGGAUCGACAUACAACGAGCACUCGACCGACUACGUUCCAGAGGCCUCCGUCGCCACCGAAGAUUCCACCGACGACGAGGAGUUCCGCAAAAAGCCACGCGGCAGAGGACGCGGUCGCCCUCGAGGUCGUCCACCCGGUCGAGCUGUGGAUAGAAUGAAUCGAACACAAGACUACGACCCGCUGAACACCAGCAGACCGAAUCUGGAAGAUGCCGACAGUCUGUAUGAAAUUGUCCGAGAGGGCCGCUCUGUCUUGCAGUCAGUGGUCGAUGAGUGGAUUGAAAUCUACCGCCAGGACCGUGACAAUGGCAUGGUCAAGCUGAUGAACUUUUUCGUCCGCUCUUCCGGGUGCAAAGGCAAAAUCACCGUUCAGAUGCGUCAAGCGUACGAUAAUGCACAAAUCAUUCGCCACUUGGUGGAUGAGUUUGAUGAAGAAUCGGGCGACUAUCCACUCAUUAUUACCGGACCUCAGUGGAAAAAGUUUCGUUCCAACUUUUGCGAGUUCAUUCACACGCUCAUUCGCCAAUGUCAGUACUCGAUCAUUUACGACCAGCAUCUAAUGGAGAGCCUCAUUGCCCUGCUGAUUGGUCUCUCCGAUUCGCAAGUUCGCGCCUUCCGACACACCGCCACACUGGCAGCCAUGAAGCUGAUGAGUGCCAUGGUCGAUGUCGCCUUGACGGUGGGCAUCAACAUGGACAGCACACAGCGACAGUACGAAGCGGAGCGCCAGAAGAAUGCUGGCCUGAACAAACGCUCUUCAGAGCGACUGGACAUGCUGAUGGCCAAACGAUCCGAGCUGGAGGAGAACAAUGACGACAUACGAACGAUGCUCGGCUACUUGUUCAAGUCAAUUUUCGUUCAUCGCUACCGCGAUAUUUUCCCCGAAAUUCGCUCAAUCUGUAUGAUUGAAAUUGGCGUCUGGAUGAAGCGCCUACCUAAUAUGUUUCUCGACGACUCCUACUUAAAGUACGUCGGCUGGACCCUUCACGACAAGGUGGGCGAUGUGCGCCUCAAAUGCCUGCAAGCCCUCUUUCCACUGUAUGAGAGUGAAGAAAUUACUCGCAAAAUGGAACUGUUCACCAACAAGUUUAAGGACCGCAUCGUCUCGAUGACACUGGACAAAGAGCCCGAAGUGGCGGUGAUGGCCGUCAAGCUGGUAAUCCACAUUCACAAACACCACCGGGAUGUGCUCUCCGACAAAGACUGUGAACACGUCUACGAGCUGGUUUACGCCACUAAUCGCGCAGUCGCUCAGAUGGCGGGCGAGUUCCUCAAUGAACGCCUCUUCCAGGUGGACGAACAGGCCACGGAGAAUCUGCGAAGUCGCCGGGGAAAAAAGCGCUCAGUACACACUCCACUGAUUCGCGAUUUGAUUCAGUUUUACAUUGAAAGUGAACUCCACGAACACGGUGCUUACCUGGUGGACAGUCUCAUUGAAAGCCACCCAAUGAUGAAGGACUGGGAGUGCAUGACCGACCUGCUCAUCGAAGAACCCGGCCCUGAGGAGGAGGCCUUGGAUGAUCGCCAGGAGACGUCGCUCAUUGAAAUAAUGGUGUGCUCCAUCAAGCAGGCGUCCACUUGCGAGCCACCGGUGGGUAGAGGCUCUGCGCGAAAGCAGCUAACUGCCAAAGAGUCAAAAGCGCUGGCGGAAGAUAAAAAUAAAAUAUCCGAACACUUCAUAGCGGUCCUUCCUUCGCUGCUGAACAAGUACAAGACUGACGCGGAAAAGGUCGCCAAUUUGCUGACCAUUCCGCAGAAUCUCGAUUUGAAUCACUUUUCCAAGCACCAGGAUUCGCUGGACAGUCUGCUUCGCCUAAUCAGCGAAAUAGUGGAAAUUCACUCUGACAAAGAUGUGCUCGAAGUGGCUGCCAAGACGUUCGAGUAUCUCUACGAUGAAAACUUCUCUUUUAGUCGCGCAGUGAGCACCCACAAGAGUACACUCAUCGAUGACAUGUGUAACAAGUAUAAAGACGCAGUGCUAAAGUACACCCAGAAUCCCACCGGAGAGGAGGAGAAACUGAUGGUCAAUUUGCAGCUCAAAAAGAUCUCCGUAUUUUACGCUUGCCAUGAUCUCACCAAUCUCACACUGUGGGAUGACAUUUUCAAGCGCUGGAUUCGUGCUGCCAACACUGACGGCGAGACACUGCCCAUGUUGGCCAUCAAGUACGCCAUCAUUUCAUGCCACAUGGGACUCAUCUGGGAGUUGCACUCACUGACUGAACAGCGCUCAGCCUCGGACAGGGGAAUGCAAAUCAAAACCAAGCUACAGUCCUUCAUGAACGAGAUUCGCUCUCUCAUGAACUGGCAUAACGAUGAACUGCAGGAAGAGGCGUACAUCUCCAUUUGCGAUUUGCUGAUCAUUUUCAGCCAUCAUAAUGAGACGGAAUCUCCAGCUGCCGCCCAUCUUGUCUACAAACCUGAUGCAAUGCUUAUCAAGAUGCUUGAAAACUUUAUUCAAACUCGUGUAUUUGUAGACACUGAUGAGGGUAAGUUGCAUGCAAACAAAUCCAAUAUCGAAAUACUGCAUAAGCGGCGACACUUUUUGUCUGCCUUUUGCAAGCUAAUUGUCUACAAUGUCAUUCCAAUCAAACACGCCGCCUGUGUUAUCAAGCACUAUGUGAAGUUUUACAACGACUACGGCGACAUCAUCAAGACUACGCUUGGCAAAACUCGGGAAAUAAACAAGGUCAUGUGCGCCAAGACGAUGGCCACCGCUUUGAUUACGACCUUCCUGGAAAUGAGAAACGACAGCUCCAACCGCAAUCCAAACACUAUUGCAUUCACCAAACAGGACGAAAACUUUCAAUCACUCAAAGAGCUGGCCAAACGUUUUGCCCUAUCUUUUGGAUUGGACAACAUGAAGAACCGAGAUGCUGUUGCUGCACUGCACCGUGAGGGUAUUCACUUUACCUUCAACACACUGGAGAAUCCGGAAAAUCCCCUUGGACCACCGCCAAACUUGCCAUUUUUGGAGAUCAUCAUUGAGUUUUCCAACAAGCUCAUCAAAAUCGAUAAAAAGACAGUGCUUGCAUACUUGGAUCGAUAUGUGAAGAACGCUCUUCCCGGUGUACACAAUGACGAGUGGCAACCCCUUAUCAGCUAUCGUUCCAGUCUGCAGCACAAUGAGUUUGAAUUGCCACUGAAUCGCACCCCUGGUCGACAGUACAAGUCGAAGAAGAGGGGACGCGAAGAAGAUGGCGAUGAGCUGGAAGGCGAAUCAGACCAGGAGGGCUCGGAAAUGGCCGAGUGA